UCUCAUCUCUGUCUCAUUGGCGACUCCCCGAUCUUUCAUCGCCCUCGUUUAUUUGCAAAAUACAUGAGCGUGAGGCAUAGGGUCUCUAGACUGACGUCAGCAACGGGUUAAAAGGCCCAUGAACGAUAGGCGCGGAGUGCGAGCCCCACGGAAGUCGAUGGUAACGUCGUUCACACUCGUUCUCGAAGGUUCCAGAAUGUACUAGAAGGAAAAUUGUAUAUAUGAGGCUGCGCAGCUUGGUCCACUUUUCAGUUCAUACCGAGAGUUCAACCUGAUUUUAUGCACGUUAUUCCUAGUUUGUUUUUUCGUUACGAAAAGAACGUAACAUUUUUUGAUUAUCAUUGAUUGUGAAUAGUGUCAAACACCAUAUUAUUCAUCGCAUUGAUUGAAGAAAGAACCUUCCAAGAUGGGUAAAGACUACUACAAAACUCUGGCUAUAGCCAAGGGUGCGAGUGACGACGAGAUAAAGAAGGCCUACCGUAAAUUAGCUCUGAAAUAUCAUCCAGACAAGAACAAAAGCCCGGGGGCUGAGGAAAAAUUCAAGGAAGUUGCUGAAGCUUACGAGGUGCUGUCGGACGCGAAGAAGCGCGAGGUGUACGACAAAUACGGUGAGGAGGGUCUGAAGGGUGGAGCACCGUCAGGCGGUGGUGGAGGCAGUGGUGGUGCUCACUAUUCAUUCCACGGUGAUCCUCGAGCAACAUUUGCCCAAUUUUUCGGCUCAGCGUCGCCAUUUGCAACUUUCUUCGAGUUUGGACCUGGUGGUAACAGUCGAGCAUUCUCCUUUGGCGACGACAUGGACAUGGAGGAUCCCUUCGAGCUGAGAAUGGCUGGACAGAGGCCCGGCGUUGGAGGUGGUGCAUUCCGUUCACACUCAUUCAACUUUGCACCAGGUAGUGGUCGUAUGCCAGGGCAAAAAGAUCAAGGACAGGAUCCACCCGUUGAGCACGAUCUUUGCGUCACCCUCGAGGACAUUGCCAAGGGCUGUGUCAAGAAAAUGAAGAUAUCGAGGCGAGUCAUUCAGCCAGAUGGCACAACCAAGAAGGAGGACAAAGUGCUCACGAUAAAUGUUAAACCAGGAUGGAAAGCAGGAACCAAGAUAACUUUCCAAAAGGAGGGCGAUCAGGGACGUGGUAAGGUGCCAGCUGACGUUGUAUUCAUCAUCAGGGACAAACCACAUCCAUUAUUUAGGCGUGAAGGCAGUGACAUCAGGUAUACGUGCAAAUUGAGCUUGAAACAGGCAUUAUGCGGCACUAUCGUUGAUGUGCCAACGUUAAAUGGUGACAAAAUAUCACUCAAUUUGACGAGGGACGUUGUUAAACCAAAUAUGGUUAAGAGAAUUCAGGGACAGGGUUUGCCAUUCCCUAAAGAGCCAUCGCGCAGAGGUGAUUUGCUGGUAUCGUUUGACAUCAAAUUUCCCGAUACAUUGGUACAGAGUGUUAAAGACAUUUUGUAUGAUACACUACCACAGUGAAUGACUCCUUUGGUUCUCUUUUAUUUUAUAAUGAAAAUUAUUGAAAAUAAUUAUACGAGGAAAAAAUAAACAUGAACAAGGACGAUCAAUUGACACAUUUGCUAGGUAGAUUUAAUCGUGAAGGGUGUACGUUGUAGUACAUUGUAACAAUGAAACGAAUACACGGGAUUUGAGCCAAUAAAUGCUAAUCGACUGAUUAACGUUCCUGGCAUUAAGCACUGGCCAACCCCCUUUCAUCGAAAGUCUCUUAACCGGUUUUUAUUUUCAAGGAGGAAGAAAAAAGAGUUUAUAUCGUGUUGUGUCAUGGGAUGAUUGGUUUCUUUUUUUUUUUAGUUUUCGUGUGUGUGUGGAGGAGUUGUAGUAUUGGCGCUUUGAAUUUUAUCUCAUUUUCCCUUUUUAUUUUUCGGGAUAUCAAGGUGAAUGUCGCGUGAGUCAAAAUUAUUGUGAGUCUAGGUACACGGUCUUGCAGUUAUGAGGGAGGAUCGUUUUAUUUAAUUGCCACGUGAGUAAUGAGUUGCGAAGGAUGAGGAUGGAAUUCAGAAGCGAGAGUUAGGGAAUAUUCAACGAUAUUGGUACAAUAAUUAUUGGAGAGAUGUCACUGUCGUGAUCAAUUUUUUUUUUCGACGUUGCGAGAGUUAUUUGUGUGAUAGUGUUCGAUGAAUGCGUCAUAAUUAUUGAAAAUUUGUGAAAUGUAGUGUUAUUCGAGAUGAAAAUCAAUUGAAAAUUAUUUGUACACAAUAAUA